AUACAACGGUGCAACGGUGUCUUCACUUUUGCUAUAAAAUUGCGAAGUCAAGGAGCAAGCUCAAGGAGCAAGCUUGUCCAAUCGUGCACUUCUUUUUACUGCGACGCAAUUUCUGCUCGUACAUCUCCGUCUCCGUCCAUAGCUCGUGGCAGCUGAAACAAAAUAUGGCACAUCUACAUCAGAACAGCGUUUAGUGUUUAACCAAUAUCCUGCACUUCAUUGAACGUAGUCUAGCCUCUUGAAGAGGUUCGUAGUACAAGUCACGUCCUUGGAUGUCGCUUCUCGAGUAUGUAUGUAAAUUGGAAUUAAUUUCGCGGCCGCGUCAUUGCGCCGGUUUGUACACGCAUACGGAGUCUGUUGGACGCGUGUAUAUCUUCGUUGGUAUAACAUAUAAACGCGCGCAAAAAGGAAACCGCGUGUCAUCGAGCGGUGAGACAAUUUUACGUCCUCUCACGUAUUUAGGCGGACUCGGAUGCUGAUCGCGCAGCGAUAACGUUUCGAAAAAUAAGACUUUAUCUUUACGAUUUCGGUGACGCGCUCGGAAACGGAUCGUAUAAUCGUACGUCGCUCGGAAUUGAACGAUCUCUCACUCUCUAUUAUAUUCGUGUCGCCUUAUAUACUGCGGUCCGCGACGCGAUAUGUUAGUCGCUAGGAAAAUUUGUUAGCCGAAGGACAACGCCUAUAUUAUAUAUCAGCAACUAUACCGUUUCCAACACCAUGGAUGAGUCCAGCGGUAAACUAAUUACAAAAAACAUGUUUCAUGUUCCAGCUAUGUCUCUGGAAGAAUCACGGAGAUCGCAACGCCCGUAUCGAUACGGGAUGGUUCUGCUAUGUGUCGGAGCUCUCAUUAACUGGUUGGGUCUGGCGGAGAACUAUGUCGAACCAGUGCGCUACGUUGGUGUUGCCUGCAUAGUCGCUGGGGCUCUCCUCAUUUGCGCCGCGAUGUGCUGCUGGUUGCACGCACCGCCAACUAGGACAAGCACGCACACGCAACGCACGAAUCAUCCGAUCACGGCACAGAUCGAUGACCCAAUCCACGUGAUUUCUAUCGAGGAACCACCUGGCGUAUCUAGGCAAAAGCCACCGGAUUAUGAGGCGGUGACGGACGCACCGCCGAGCUACGAUGAUGCUAUCAAAUUAAAUCCUAGUCAAUUAGUCAGGUUGAGCAAUGGUAGUACGCCAUCGUUAUCCUCGGGACAAAUUAUCCCGACAACUAUCAGUAUCGUCUCUCCUACGUUAACACCGCCACCGCCAUACGCGAGGUGAGAUUGCAGUGCUGUAAAUAGAGACCAAUGAAUACACAGGUCUGCGACGUGGAAGAAUCGACAUACACCGUUGUCAAUUGCGAAGAGCGAUCACGUCUGUGGCCUGCGAAUAAUACGAUGUCGUACGACAUCGACAAUUCCGUUGUUUGCUCUUGUUAUUACGAGAUGCGUGAAUGUAUACGUAUAUAGCUGCGCAAAAUGCGAUCAUGUCGAGGAGAGGAAGUUGAAUCAUUCAAAGAUUGCUCAACACUUCCACAAGCAAGAAUCGAACGAGGAUCUCUUCGCGACAUCUUAAAUGUCGAAUGCUUAGAUUAUUAGCUAUUGGACACUGUGAACCGUUGACACCAAUGUCGUUUAGUGCUCAGAACGGUUAACUCUUCCUUUGUAAGUACGUAGUAACGUCUAUUACGUUUCAAAAAAAGACAAGAGAUUGUUGAAUAGAGUCCAUUUUAAUCAUGGCGAUAUCGGACUUUAUUCAACACGGCCUAAAGGUUUGCAGCAAUCGUCGAUAUUUUAUUUAUCGUUAUAUCACGAUUUAUAUUCCGAGCUUCGCUGUUUUAUUUGUUGAAAGUCGGAUGGAUCUCUCUUAUAAAAUCGCAUCUGGGAAGUAGACUAAGGUGAUAACGGCGUAGUAAUACACAAUGCACAAUUGCAAACAUAUAGGCCUGUUGUAUAUAUUGUACUUUUUCAUUUUCAAUGUAAUCCGAUAAUCAUUUCAACGAGAAUCCAUCUGCGAUAAAUUACGUCAUGGCAAUCGCGGUUUCUAUCAACCGCACUGUUGCUCGGUCGUUCUGUAACCGCGAGAAUGAAAUAACGACUUUUGACAGUUGUAUAUUUUGCGAUCGGUUCAGCUGUUCAUUUAAUUUAACGGUACGAAUCGCGCCUGAUUGAUGCCGAUCUGCAGAAACGGUAGUCUCUUAAAGUUAGUUGACGGAGCAAACACGCAUAUUUUAAAAUAUGCAUUUUUAAUUCAUCUUAUUAUAAUUGUUAUUUGAGAUUGUAAUGUGAACUAAAUUGAAAAUGUGAAUAUAAAUCGAAAAGAUCGCGCUAAAAUACAAUAAAUCGCAUCGAUUUAUGAUCGUAAAAUUUAUCGCUCCGAUAUUUGACUUACGUCAUUUUCAAAAUAAGCUACUCAACUAUGCGCUAUUAAGUUCAUAUUUUAUAUGCGAUGGGAAUUACUCGCGAUAGAUUUUCUCACUCUAGGACGUUGUUGGGAUGUCGCGACACGCGUCCAAAGAGAGGAUCGAGUGUCCCACAAUGAUUCGAAGAGGAAUCACAGUAAUAGAGCAUUUAGCGCGUUGCGAGCUCAGCUGCGCGUAAUUUACUGAAGAAUGAUCUUCUGCCAUAUCAUCUCAGUGUCUAUCUCUUUAAAUACGCACACGCGCGCACAGCACACUCAUGCGAAAGCCAUUCGCACGUCCAUUUUAUUGUGAUAUAUACUAUACAUAUGUACGCAGAUAUUAGAUAUUAUGAAGCAACACUGUCAAAACAAUGGCGAUGCUUGUAAAAUAAGACUUUUUUAUAUCGAAAGUGCAAAUAUAAAAUAUGAGAUUUUUCUACGGCAAA